UCUAGGUGUGUCACCUUCACAAGGUUUUUUAACCUCUGGGGCCUCUUUCUUUUGCUAGAAAAGGUCGCUGAUAACGCUUCUCCUCAUGUCUCUUCAACUCAAGUCUGCUCUCUGGCAGCUCCAUAUGUGGGGAGACCCCCAAGGAGACGCUGCGAGAAGUACAGAGUGUGGCGCGCCAGGACUCAAACUGUGGGCGCCCGACCGACGCACACGCGCAGCCCCACAACAAUAUCAGUAUUUAAUUUCCACUAGAGGCAGAAUUGAGCCUAACCAUCACCAGGCUCCAGCCGCCUACCCCAAGAGCGAGAACGGAACUGCCCGGCCUCCCGGAAAGAAGGGCGGAAUAUUUGCGCCAAGUACCCAGACUACCGAACCGGAGAGCUCCGGAAGAGGACGACCUGCGCCUGCGCACCGCUCUUGCUAAAAGACAGCCCGCCUCUCCUUCGGCCGUCCGCUUGUUUGCCACGCGCGGGGCUGCAUCAUCCGGCAGGGCGGAGCCCGGCCAUGGCGACCGCGGAGCUCAGCGGGCGCGCGGUGCGGUUGUCUACCCCGGGACCCCGGCCUAGCGGGGCUCGGGACCGCGCGCCGGGAGCUGCGGGGCCACCCUCCGGGCAGAUUGGUAAUAGAGCCCUCCGUCUGGGGGAGCGCACCCCCGCGGCCGUGGAGAAGCGGGGGCCAUACAUGGUGACGCGCGCACCCUCCAUUCAAGCCAAGCUGCAGAAGCACCGGGACCUGGCCAAGGCCGUUCUGCGGAGAAAAGGCAUGCUGGGGGCCUCGCCGAACCGCCCAGACUCUUCAGGGAAAAGGUCAGUGAAGUUUAACAAGGGCUAUACUGCUCUUAGCCAGAGUCCAGAUGAAAACCUGGUGUCCCUCGACUCUGACAGUGAUGGGGAGCUGGAAUCCAGAUACUCCUCCGGGUAUUCCUCUGCAGAGCAGGUGAACCAGGAUGUGAGCCGGCAGCUGCUUCAGGAUGGGUAUCACCUGGAUGAGAUUCCAGAUGACGAGGACUUGGACCUCAUCCCCCCUAAGCCCAUGGCCUCUUCAGCGUGCUCCUGCUGCUGGUGCUGUCUUGGGGACUCUUCCUCCUGUACCCUCCAGUAGACAUUACCCUCCAAGAUAGGCCCUGCUCACCACGAGGCCUACAGAGCCCUGUUGGCCACUCAUAGCUCACAGAGUGCAGUGAGCACUGGAGUCACUGACCCCUAGAAAGUGACCUGCAGGUAGCCCUUACCUGUUGCUUCUCAGGCCAGAGGCCCCCAUCUGCGCUGUGGAUUGAUAGGUGGAAUUCUGCAGUUUUCCUCUGCUGUUGGAGCAGAGUUUGGAGAAGUCACUUUAAUAAGGGCAGGACAGAGGAAUCCUGGUUCUUAUGGUGGGUGACAAAGGUGGCUAAGGAAAACACUUGCAGACAGCUUGACUGGUAUUUGUCAUAGUGCUUCAGGGAGGCAAAAAGGGAGCUCUUGUGCCCAGGCUGUGCUAGAUAGUGUUGUAUGGAGGCAGAAAAUAGCACUUUAUGGUUUAUUAUAGCUGGCAAUCCAAAAAAGAAUUUAACUGUUUGAGACUAGUUCGAGAAAUUCCAUUUGCUCUAUUUCUAGCUCUAAGAUGGCUUGCAGGCUUGUCCGUCAAGAGAGCAUAAAGUUAGUCCUUUUGUCCCUCUUCAGGUUGCACCUGUCUAACUAUGAUGGAUCAUAGGUUGCUUAAUGACACAGCAGGAUCCUAGCUUCCAGAAUCCUUGGACCUGGGGUAUCCCCAACUGGUCCAACUGUCUGGGUGAGUUUAGUGAUUCUGGUUCGCCCUUCCCUAGUUAGGAGAAAAACUGUUCCGACAUGUUCAUAUUUAUUUAUUUGUAUUUGCUUGGUCUUGGUGAGUUUCUUCACCCAGUCUUUGAGCUAAAGAUUGGGUCAAAGGUACUGGGGCUGGCCCCAGAAGCCUGCAGUUUUUAUUAUUACCAGUAGAGGGAGCUACAGGGAGCAAUCUGGUGCCUUCCUAUUUAGCUUUUAAACUUUUGAGAAGCAGCAAUGGGUGAGAGUGGGUAUACAGCUGUGUGGGCUUUGUCCUAGACUGAGGCUUACAGACAGGAAGGGUAGGAGAAACCUAAGCCAGCUCCUAGACCCUCGCCUGAGGAAAUCAGUCCACCAGUGUAGAGGGCCUCCCUUCACUGCGGUAUGGACCAUUCUAUUGCCAGAUUCUUCUGGUCACAGCAUGGGCCUCACUGGAUACUCAGGAUUGGGCUUUAAGCAGACCUCUGGGUGUAACACAGCCUCUUUCAGCCGCCAGCCCAAACAGCAGGAACAGGCAUAAUUUCUCUGUACCAAGCCUCUUUCUAGAAUUUUUCCUACAGGUUUUUUGUGUUUUUUUUGGCUUCACUCAGAACCAUGGUGAGCAUUCUGUUUUGUUGGAGACAGGGUCUCUGUCACCCAGGCUGGAGUGCAGUGGUGCAUUCACAGCUCACUGCAGCCUCAACCUCCCAGGCCCAAGCAAUCCUCCCACAAGGUGAGCUUUGAAUGGGCAUAGACAGGGUUCCCAGCCCAAUACUUGGGAUUGGGGUAUAGGUUCUACAUGGAAAAGUAUCCAGUCUCUUUCCCUAGUGGUCCUGUGACCACUAGAGGCAUAUGAGGGACAACACACUCUUUUUGCUCUACCACAAGGGGUGACUGGAAGAUGAGAAAGUCUAAUAAAAAGAUACAGCCUUAUUUGUUAUUUGUCUGACAACUGUCCUCACAAUGGUAAUCCUGUGAGUGCUUGAUGGACAUCUAUCUUUGUGUUUUUCUCAAACCAUGGAAGGUUGAGAGGAAUAUACAGUAUCUAGGGGCUUACUUACUCUACCAGCUAGCAGCAUCGCAGCAGGGAGAUAGGACAGAGACAAGAGUCAUGCCAGCUUGGGGUCUUGGGAAGAGAGGAGGCAGAUGGUUACUGUGUUCUGGAAUGGGACUCUGCAGCUCUACGCAGGUGGCCAACAUUCUGAGCACUUUGUGCAAAUGCCUGUAGAGAGCAAAAACAUCUCCAUCCAGAACCCCUUCCCCAUCUGCAGAGACCAUGUCCAGGCCUUUCUUGUGUCUGCAGAGGUGAAGUGCACAUGUGGAAAGGGAUCAAAUGUAGCACAGUGUAAAGAAAGACAUCGGCGCGGGUAGAGGGACCCCAGUGCGUGCUGGGAGGUGGCUGUGGAAGGUAAGUACAGACCCACAUCUCUGUCAGGGAGGUGGUCAGGGCAGAGUGGCCUGAGUGUUUAGCAGCUGCUAGGGGUGAGGGUGGUAGGACCCCAAAACCAAGGCCCUCUUCAUUGUUGUUGUAAUAAUCAACUCUGGCAUAUUCAGCAGCAGCCGUUCCUGAAGAAGAGGUUUCUGAGCUGGCUGACCCCAUGUAGGAGGGUGUUACCUUGUAGAAGAAGCUGGACGGACCUGGUGGGAGAGUACAGUGAGGCAGGGUAGAAAUGGUCAGUUGUUUAGGGCCAGUGGCCACAUACCAAAAUACCACCGAUGUGCCCAGGGCCAAACUGCCUUAAUUCUGAGUGCUGGGUGUUCUGCAGGUGACAGUUUCCUGGGGAGAAGGGUGUAUCCAGGCUUACCUCCCAGCAGGAGUGGUACCAUAUGGUGUUUAUGUACUACUCUGCAGAACUCUUGGCUUGUACUUCUACAGCUCUGUACCUUUAUAAGAAUAAAUGCAAUCACACUAGU